AUGGAUUGUAACAAAUUGGUAGAAGAUAGGACCCCUGAAUUAGAAAUGGAGUUCAAUAGUGAAGAGGAUGCGUACAAGUUUUACAACAACUAUGCCUUUAAAACGGAUUUUAAUGUAUGCAAAGACUAUCUAAAUAAAGACAAAGACGGUGUGACGACGUCUAGGAGAUAUAGUUACUGCAAGGAAGGUGUAAAACGCAAGUACGAAGGUGAUGUGAUGCCAAAAAAGACACGAACGCCGACGAAAACAGGGUGUGGAACUAAAAUGAUUAUUGUGUUGCUUAGAGAGAUAAUGAAGUACCGUGUACAUGACCUUAUCUUAGAACAUAACCAUGUGUUGCACAUUGCUUAA